AUGACGCGUAGGAUUCUGCGCCGCAAUGGGGCGCGUAUCCGCAAGGCCCUCGGGGUAUGCGACCUUGCUGAAUAUGCACAGCGACUGGUGCGACGUUCGCCGCCUCUGCGUGUGCUCGGUCUGGACGUCAACACCAACAGCACGGGUUUCGCCAUCGUGACGGAACGUGGCCGCGUGUGUCGCUGGGGCCACAUUCCCACGGCCCAAUUCCCCAGUGCUGAGGUAAUGCAUAUCGGUGGUGCUGUCGACGAGCUCCUAGCCGAUGUCCACGCUGCCGAGCUGCAGCAACAACCCGAUGCUCAAUGGGUCGUUGGCAUAGAAGCGUUCAUGCGAAUGUUCCGCUCCGGUCGCUUCCACAACGCCGGCAUUUUCCAGCUAGCACAGCUCAACGGCAUCGUCUCCUUCGCUUGCUGGAAGCGCUUCGACGUGCUGCCAUUGCACACACAUCCGUCGGCUGCUCGUGGAUUCUUCGGACUCAGUGCACCGACGUCAAAGAGCAAGAAGACCAGCAUUAAGCACCAAGUCAUGAGCUUCUUGGAACAGCAAGAGCCUGAUCUCACACAGGCAGCAGGUCAAGAAUACACAGACACAUCUGAAGCUCUGCCGAGUUUUGAACGUAUGCGAACUGGGGCGCUAGCCGACUCAGCAUUCGACAUAGCCGAUGCCUACGUGAUCGCGGCUUAUACACGCUGCGUUCACUUCCAGACGCAGCUCCAAGAGCAAGAGCCGCAACUUGUUGAGAACUUUUCGGAUCAAUAUUUUGAGUUGGCACAUAAAGCUGCAGCUAAGACAAAGAAGACCUCCCCGGAAAUGGAGGCUCUGAAAGCGAUGGACGAGAAGGAGAAGGUGGCGUACACGCGAGGUUUGUUCACUUUUGGUUUAGAGAGUUGGUUCAAGGAGCACAACGAGUGCUUUGUAUAA